AUGAUCGAUAAUGACAAAAUAGAAAAUUUGGCGAAUGCUCGUCGAAAAUUAAAAAAAUUUCGUGAUCAACAGCAACAACAGCAACAGAAUGGCAAUGGUCAGUUGACCUUCAUUUCCGAAACAAAUCACGCCACUGCUGAUUCUACACAUGGAAUAUCCAGAGAAUAUGACACCAAUAACCACACUAUAUCCCGUACGAAUCCACAUGAUGUAACUACAUUUUUUACUGAACAACAAGCCUUACUCAAUGGAAUUCAUGUAAAUUUAUCAAAAUCUCCUGUUCUUGAGCUAGAAGAACAAAAUCGCCAAUAUGCUCUUUUGAUUGAAAAUCAAAAACAACAACGAGCCCGUCUCGAAGAUCAACGACAGAUUGGUGGUAGUAGUAGUGUGUCCGGUCGUUCAAGUUUAACUCAACCUGAUGUUGAGUUUUCUCGACAAAUUGAGCAUAAAUAUCGUCGUGAUCUCGAACACUUACAAGAACAGCUUGAAAUUCAUGUUCAAACAAUAGGUAUUCUUGUAGCAGAAAAAACUGAUUUAUCAGCUAGAUUAAGUCAAUCAAUAAAACAACUUGAACGCAAACAAAGUGAAAUGGAUGAAAUUCACGGACGUUUAAAAGGAUCUCGUGAACGUGUUGAAGAACUGGAAAAACAUACCCAAAAUUCAACAUCCGACGCACUCAAACGAGAAAUGACAGUUAAAGAAUCGGAUAAAGAAAUUAAUCAACUUAAAACAGAAAAUACUCGUCAAAGUCAAAUAAUCGAAGAUCUCCAACAAAAUUUAAAUGAACUCGAUGGAAAAUUCAAUAAUCGACAGAAUAUUAUUGAACAGUUAAAUAAUGAAAUCAUUAAAUUAAAACAAAAAGUAGAACAAUCAGAAAUUCGUUUGCAACAAUUUCAGUCGAUCAAUGAUACAUCAGUAGUCAAUAAAUUUGAACAGCAUAUUGAAGAAUUACAAAGAACAGUAUCAUUAAAAACAAACGAAACAGAAGCGCUUCUCUCAUCCAUCAACCAAAUGCGUUUCGAUUAUGAUCAAAUGCAUUUACAAUAUCAACAAUAUAAUGCUAAUGUGCAACGUCACAUACAAGAACUUAAUGAUCAAAUAAAUCAAUUAGUUCAAACAAAUAAUCUGUUAGAAAAUGAAAAAGAUGCGAUAAAACAAGCUUAUGAAAUGAAAUUAACUCAAAUACAUAAUGAUCAAACAGUAAACCAUCGCAAUGUUAAUGAUGAUUUAAUUUUAGAACGCGAUUCUCUUCGACAAGAAAAUGAAUUAUUUAGAAGUGCUAUUGAUCAAUGGUCUAGACAAUACGCUGAAAUACAGUUAGAAAAUGAACACGUAGCAAAAAAAUUAAUUGAAAAAGAUGCACGUAUUGCUGAAUUAGAGGAAAGCAGUGGGAAAGUUCAUGAAAAUAGUAUGGAUCAUGAAAAAUUAUUACAAACAAUACAUGACGAUAAAACAACAAUAUCACGUGCUAUCACACAAAAUAAACAACUGAAAGAUCAAUUAACUGAACUUCAAGAUAGUUUUAUUAAAAUGUCAAAUGACAACAUGAAUUUAACAAAUCAAAUUCAAGCUCAAGAAUAUUUAAAUAAACAAUUAAAUGAGCGUCUUGCACAAAAUGAACUUCAAUUUCAAGAAGUUCAAACAAAGGCACAUCAUAUUCCAAAUCAAGAAAAACCUCAAAUAAUAUCCAAUAAUAGUGAAGAACAAUCAGAAAAUACCACUCAGCGACUCAAUGAAUUAUUAGAAGAAAAUAAAUCGCUACGAGAACGUCUUGCACAAUUAGAACAACAAUCAGAAUCUAAACCAGUAGAUCCGUCACAAUUAAAUGAUUCGAGUUCAUUGUCAUCGCUUACUGCAGGUGUUGAUGAUACUCAUCAACUUCCAAAUGGAUUGGUUGACAAAAUUAUUCAACGUUUCAAUCGAGCUAUGCGUGAUAAUGCUGAUCUACAAGAUCGAACUCAACAACUUGAACAUCUUAUUUUACAAUUACAAAGUGAAACAGAUACAAUCGGUGAUUAUAUAUCAUUAUAUCAACAACAACGUCAACAACUUCAUCGACGUUAUCAAGAAAAAGAUGAUUAUAUUAAACAAUUGAGUCAUGAUAGACUGAGUUUACAAAGAAAAUUAUCUGAGCUAGAAACAUUACUUAUGCGUGGUUUGAAUAAACCAUCAACGGAUACAACGAAUCAAAAAUCUGUCAAUAAUGAAGCGAUUUCUUCAGACAAACAACAAACUGCUGAUGAAAAUGAAUGGCCUGAAAUGGUCGAUAAUAUAUUAUCUUCGUCAUCAGCAGCUGAGCAAACUACUACAUCAAAUAGUGAUAAACUAUCAAUUACUGCUUCAUCUACAUUACCAUCAUUAUCCAAUUUUGAUGAAGAAACACGAACACGUAUUUUGACUUUACUUAAAGAAUUAGGCGAAAGCGACAGUUCAUCAGCACAAACUGAUAAUUCCUCAACAACUAAACUAGCUUUUAUUGGUAAAAAUCUUUAUAUGCUCGCUUCUAAAGCACAUGAAUUAAUCAAAGAACUUGAUCGUUCUCGAGAUACUAUAUUACCUCCUUACAAUGCUGAUACUAUUCGUCAUUGCCAAUUAGAAGCCAAUGAAUUAUUUCGUCAAAAUUAUGAAGAUGUUCAAACAGUUGUACAAGUCGGUGCAGAUAAUAGUAGUACCAAUUCUGCACCAACAUUAAUGCCAACAAUAAGCAUUCGUCAUGCAGCGAUACAACGCAUAAAACGUUGUUUACUUGCAUAUGCAUAUCAUCGAAUGAAUAAAAUUAAGUCAUUUCGUUGGUCAUUAGGACCUGUUCUACCAGAAUAUAUAAGAAAUAAUUUAUCGAUCGAUGAGAUAGAGUUUUUUUCAAAUUAUAAUCAAACAUUAUCAUCGUAUAUGCGUUCUAUUGGUAAUAAUCAUUCACUUGAUUUAACAUCAUUUAUGAUUCCACCAAAAAAAUUGUUUGCACAUAUUAAAUGUAUACAAGAAUAUGGUCCAUACGAAACAAGUGAUGGUACAAUAAUACAAUUAACAUUUAAUAGUGAACACUAUGUGUUAACAUCAGAUGCUGAACAUUUAAUACAACGAAAAAUUGCUGAACAUAUUGUUUAA